UGGAGGCGCGGAGGGCGGACCUGGAGGCGCAGAGGGUGGACCUGGAGGCGCGGAGGGCGAGCAACGCACCGAUUUGGGCUGGUCGGCUUGGGCAGAUUGGCAAGAAGGGAUGGAUCCAGAAAAGGUAGUGCAUAUGUUGAUUGCAUACUGUGAUCCCUCCAAAGAAGCAUAUGAGCCUAUCGCCGAGGAUUGGACAGAUGUUCAAGCAGACAACAACACAAAAGAGGCCGAUGAUAGUUAUCUUUGCAACCCAAUCCCGCAGAAUGAGCAUGUUGGUAUUGAUGAGGAGAAAAUGUAUUGCCAAAGCUUGGAAACUACAACUAAGAAAAAUAGAAAACAUGACAACACUGAAUCUGGAGGUUCAAAGAGGCCAAGACGAAAAAGAAGGUUGCUGAGAAGAUUCCGGUGCCACUUCACAGCCCAGCAAUGGGCACAAGGAGCAGAAAGUUUAAUCCUCCUAGCCCUGCUAUGAGCACAAGAAGCAAAAGAAGGCUCAGCCUGUAAUUUCAUAUGCGUCUAUGCUCUUCCAUUGAUGUAAUGGUUCUUUUGGAGUUCCUGUGAUAUGACGGUUCUCUUGGAAGUCCUUUAGCCUGACAUAUGUGAACUAUUGGUGACUUAUAUGUGUGAAUCUGGUUGCUUAUGGCACUUGUUGAAAAUUGUUCAAUCGAUUAUAUACAUGUAAACUGUGUGCAAGGGAUAUGGCAUCAAAAUAUA